AGGGAAGUUGGUCCCAAAGUGUCUGCUGUAUUUCUCCCCUCCACCUUACAGAAGGAGCUUCAUUGAGCUUCAGUGUCUGACUUCAGAUCAGAAGAUAAUUGAUUGUAUGGAGGAAGAGGAGGACAGAGCAGAGUCUCUAGUCUCUGGCCGUCUGUCUAUGAAGAGAGACCGGUCCAUGUGGAUUCCUCCAGACUUCAGUGAUGAACCUGGACCCUCAGACACAAAAGUUCAGUCCAGACUGAGAGCAGAGUCUCCAGCACCCAGCUGUCUGUCUAUGAAGAGUGACGGGUCCAUAGGUCAACCUGUGAACUUCAGUGAUGAACCUGGACCCUCAGAGUCAAAAGUUCAGUCCAGACCGAGAGCAGAGUCUCCAGUACCCAUCAGUCUGUCUAGGAAGAGUGACGGGUCCAUAGGUCAACCUGUGAACUUCAGUGAUGAACCUGGACACCCAGACACAAAAGUUCAGUCCAGACUGAGAGCAGAGUCUCCAGUACCCAUCAGUCUGUCUAUGAAGAGUGACGGGUCCAUAGGUCAACCUGUGAACUUCAGUAAUGAACCUGGACCCUCAGAGUCAAAAGUUCAGUCCAGACUGAGAGCAGAGUCUCCAGUACCCUGCUGUCUGUCUAUGAAGAGUGACGGGUCUAUAGGUCAACCUGUGAACUUCAGUGAUGAACCUGGACCCUCAGACACAAAAGUUCAGUCCAGACUGAGAGCAGAGUCUCCAGCACCCAGCUGUCUGUCUAUGAAGAGUGACGGGUCCAUAGGUCAACCUGUGAACUUCAGUAAUGAACCUGGACCCUCAGAGUCAAAAGUUCAGUCCAGACCGAGAGCAGAGUCUCCAGUACCCAGCUGUCUGUCUAUGAAGAGUGACGGGUCCAUAGGUCAACCUGUGAACUUCAGUGAUGAACCUGGACCCUCAGAGUCAAAAGUUCAGUCCAGACCGAGAGCAGAGUCUCCAGUACCCAUCAGUCUGUCUAUGAAGAGUGACGGGUCUAUAGGUCAACCUGUGAACUUCAGUGAUGAACCUGGACCCUCAGACACAAAAGAGAAGAAGAGGAGUCAUGCUUCUGUGGAGGAGCCGAUGACCAUAUGGAGAGGUAUGACAUCACUGUUCUAUCCAUUCACACUGAUGAAAGGGGAGUUAUUUUCUUGCCUUUGUCGCAUAACAAUACAUGCUCAUGGGGGAUCUCUUGUUGGGUCUCUAAAUUAUAGAGUACGGUCUAAACCUGCUAUAUAUGAAAGGCAUCUUAAGAUAACUUCUGUUAUGAUUUGACGCUAUAUAAAAAUUAAUUGAACUGAACUGAACAGGAGCCACAGACUUUGAACAACAUUAGCGUUCCUGCUACAGUCUCCUUCUCUAACUUACAAACAUCUUGUCCUGCAGAGCAACUUGUUGAAAAACUAUUAAAAAUAAAUAUAAAAACUACUUUGACGUUAGUUUUGACUUCCAGAAGGGAUGAUGACUUUAUAACCUUUACUUCUUUAUUUGUUGUUAUAUUGAUUAUUUUCAUAUUGGCAUUGGAAAUAAUUAGUUUCUGU